AGCAGCGGCGCUCCUCGUAACGAUGGCAGACAGCGCUCAGCCGGAGCUGAUGGACGAGGACCAGUCCUUCUUCAGUAACCUGGACAUCUUCCUCUUCUCGCUCAUCGCUGGCCUGAUCGUCUACUGGCUCAUAUUCCGCAAAAAAGUCGAGCCCAUCCCGGAGUUUAAAAAAAUAGAGUCUGUUGCUCAAACAACCAGGGAAACCAGCUUUAUUGACAAAAUGAAGAAAACGGGCAAGAACAUCGUGGUGUUUUACGGCUCACAGACGGGCACGGCUGAAGAGUUCUCCAACAGACUUGCCAAAGAUGCUCAUCGCUACGGCAUGAAGGGAAUGUCAGCAGACCCAGAGGAAUAUGACAUGAGUGAGCUCUCCCGUCUGCCUGAGAUUGAGAACUCGAUAGCGAUCUUCUGCAUGGCCACGUAUGGAGAGGGAGACCCGACCGAUAACUCCCAGGACUUCUAUGACUGGCUACAUGAGGGCGAUGCCGACUUCACCGGAGUUCAAUAUACAGUGUUUGCUCUGGGGAAUAAGACAUACGAGCACUACAACGCUAUGGGAAAGUAUGUGGACCAGAGACUGGCUGAACUGGGAGCGCAGAGGAUCUUUGACCUGGGAAUGGGAGACGAUGACGGGAAUCUCGAGGAGGAUUUCGUGUCGUGGCGAGAGCAGUUCUGGCCGGCUGUGUGUGAACACUUUGGAGUCGAAGCAACGGGUGAAGAAUCCAGCAUCCGUCAGUACGAGCUGAAGGUACACAGUGAUCUGAACAUGAAUAAGAUCUACACUGGAGAGCUGGGACGCCUCAAGAGCUUCGAGAACCAGAAGCCGCCUUUCGAUUCGAAGAACCCUUUCCUGGCUCCGGUCUCUGUGAACCGCAAGCUCAACAAGGCCGGGGACAGACACCUGAUGCACCUGGAGCUGGACAUCACAGGCUCCAAAAUCAGGUAUGAAUCGGGAGACCAUGUGGCUGUGUAUCCCAUCAAUGACAGCGUCAUAGUCAACAGGAUCGGUGAGGUGCUCGGUGUGGACCUGGACACUGUUAUCUCGCUCAACAACCUCGACGAGGAGUCCAAUAAGAAGCAUCCGUUCCCCUGUCCCACCACGUACCGCACCGCCCUGACCCACUAUCUGGACAUCACCAAUUCUCCGCGCACAAACGUGCUUUAUGAACUGGCGCAGUACGCCACUGACCCCAAAGAGCAGGAGAACAUGAAGAAGAUGGCCUCCUCCUCGCCCGAGGGCAAAGCGCUGUACCAGAGCUGGGUGCUGGACUCCUGCAGGAAUAUUUUGGCUAUUCUGGAGGAUCUGCCGUCUCUGCGGCCGCCCAUCGAUCACCUGUGUGAGCUUCUGCCUCGACUGCAGGCACGCUACUACUCCAUCGCAUCUUCCUCGAAGGUUCAUCCCAACAGCAUCCACAUCUGUGCUGUAGUGGUGGAGUACCAGACCAAGACGGGUCGGGUCAAUAAAGGAGUCGCCACUAACUGGCUGAAGAGCAAGACGCCAACAGACAACGGCCACAAGGCCACGGUGCCCAUGUACAUCCGCAAGUCUCAGUUCCGCCUGCCCUUCAAGUCCACAAACCCUGUCAUCAUGGUCGGCCCGGGCACCGGCAUCGCCCCCUUCAUGGGCUUCGUCCAGGAGCGCGGCUGGCUCAAAGAACAGGGUAAGGAGGUUGGAGAGACGGUGUUGUACUACGGCUGCCGUCACAAGAACGAGGACUUCCUGUACCAAGAGGAACUGGGGGAGUUUGAGAAGACCGGAGUCCUGACGGAGAUCAACGUAGCUUUCUCCAGAGACCAGGCCGAGAAGGUGUACGUACAGCAUCUUCUGAAGAGGAACAAGGAGGCCGUCUGGAGACUGGUUCACACAGACAACGCUCACAUCUACAUCUGUGGGGACGCCCGAAACAUGGCGCGGGACGUCCAGAACGCCUUCUACGAGAUCGCAGAGGAGCUGGGAGAACUGAGCCACGCUCAGGCCGUGGACUACAUCAAGAAACUCAUGACUAAAGGACGCUACUCGCAGGACGUCUGGAGCUGAACCAGACCGCUUCUGUUCAGUCCUGAUGUGUGCUUUCAUAGAGAGGAGACCAAAUGUGUUCGUUGUCAUCCUGCAGACAGAAAACACUGACACACAUUACCUCAUUCGAAACCGAUUACGUCACAUUACAAAUACUGUGUAGAGUCAUGAUCUUGACAUACUAAUCAAACACAUAUGCAUGAAUCUUUAUAAUCGUUUUUAGUAACGCCAGACUAGAGCUGGAUUAAUGCUGGAGCACUUCUGUGUUAGCGUGAAGAGACUUUAACUCACUGUUAUUGUUCUGAACUUGAGGAAAGAGGUUUAAACAUGACUCUUGGAGGAGUAUGAAGAGUGUUUUCUGUGACUUUCAGCCUUCA